ACGACUCCCAUUGUCAAGGCGGCGGAGAGACAUGUAUCUUGUCAGUAUAUUCAUAAUCUUCGGUCACAUUCACCUGGUACAUUUGAAGCCAUGAUGCACGGGAAAUUAGCAUGAAUGACAGCCAACCAGACCAGCCAAUCUGAGGAUGAUUUAAGUGCUAACAGGAGCCAAUAAGAGUAUAUUUGGGCGUGAAUAGAUGUUUUUGUCCACUGGAAAACAUUUUAAGAAUCGUGACUCCCUGUGACUGGACCAUUCUUCACGACUAAAACCCAACGCAUUUGGGAUAUAUUGCUUCAUAUUUAUUAAAUAUCUAGCUAGCUGAGUUAUAAACCGUUCCACUAUUUAGCUUGAUAGGAUUGAAAUGCUACAUUUUCGGUCUUCGGUAGUGCUCAAGGAGUUGUUUCAAUCCAACCUGAAGCGCCCUUUGACAGGUAUAGCCAGAAAUACAUCACCAUCAGUCGCGUAUUGCUUUAGCACCGCCUGUACAGAUGUCAGAUAUGUGCCCAAAGUAAAGUGUCUCCAGCAUGCGGUUGGAUGGAGAGAUUCGCCAUACACUACCAACGGCCACGGAACUCGGAAGCUCUCCACCAAGAGCGAUGACGGUUCGGCCCCACCGCCAACGGACACCAAAAAUGACACCGCCACCAGCAAUGAAACCGCCACCAAGGAGGCAGCUGCCGAAAAGAGAAGGCAGGCAGGCAUCCUGCCCAGUCUGGAGGAUCUACUCUUCUACACCAUCGCCGGGGGCGCUGAAAAAAUCCCAGCUCACAAAUUCACCACAGCGCUGAAAGCCACAGGGCUUCGGACCGGAGACCCCCGGCUGAAGGAAUGUAUGGAGAACCUGAAAGUCAUCAUGAAGACCACGUCAGACGGAAACCUGGACCGACACCUCUUCAAGAAGUGUGUCCAGAGCAACAUCGUGCUGCUCACCCAGGCCUUCAGGAAGAAGUUUGUUAUCCCCGACUUUGUGUCCUUUGCCUCCGAAAUCGACGCUCUCUAUGAGAAUGCCAAACACCUGGGAGGGGGACAGGUGGCUGACUACAUUCCCCAGCUGGCAAGGUUCAGCCCGGACCUCUGGGCCGUGUCCAUAUGCACUGUGGAUGGACAAAGACACACAGCGGGUGACACCAAAGUCCCGUUCUGCCUGCAGUCGUGUGUAAAGCCUCUGAAGUACGCCAUCGCCGUGAACGACCACGGGACAGAGUAUGUGCACCGUUUCAUCGGCAAAGAGCCCAGCGGUCUGCGCUUCAACAAACUAUUCCUUAACGAGGAAGAUAAACCACAUAACCCUAUGGUUAACGCCGGCGCUAUCGUGUGCACGUCCCUCCUAAAGCAAGGGGCAAGCAACGCUGAGAAAUUUGAUUAUGUCAUGAACUUCAUGAACAAGCUGGCAGGAAACGAGUAUGUGGGUUUCAGCAAUGCCACAUUCCAGUCAGAGAGGGAGUCUGGAGAUCGGAACUUUGCUAUUGGCUACUACCUGAAGGAGAAGAAGUGCUUUCCAGAGGGGACAGACAUGACCUCCAUUUUAGACCUCUACUUCCAGCUGUGCUCCAUCGAGGUGACCUGUGAAAGCGCUAGCGUCAUGGCGGCCACCCUGGCCAACGGCGGCUUCUGUCCAAUCACAGGCGAGCGCGUGCUGGGCCCGGAGGCGGUACGGAACACCCUGAGCCUAAUGCACUCAUGCGGCAUGUACGACUUCUCGGGACAGUUCGCUUUCCACGUUGGACUUCCAGCGAAGUCGGGCGUGGCAGGGGGCAUCCUGCUGGUGGUGCCCAAUGUCAUGGGUAUCAUGUGCUGGUCCCCUCCCCUGGACAAGCUGGGUAACAGUGUACGAGGAAUUCAGUUCUGCACGGAUCUGGUGUCCCUUUGCAACUUCCACAACUACGACAACCUGAAGCACUUUGUCAAGAAGCUGGAUCCUCGCAGGGAGGGCGGAGACCAAAGGGUGAAGUCGGUCAUCAAUCUUCUCUUUGCUGCGUACACUGGCGAUGUGUCUGCACUGAGGAGGUUUGCUCUGUCUUCCAUGGACAUGGAGCAGAGGGACUAUGACUCCAGGACAGCCCUCCAUGUGGCUGCAGCAGAAGGACAUGUGGAGGUGGUCAAGUUCCUGUUGGAGGCAUGCAGGGUCAACCCUGUUCCCAAAGACAGGUGGGGUAACACACCGAUGGAAGAGGCAGUGCACUUUGGACACCACGACGUUGUGACCAUGCUCCAGGACUACAACAACAAGUACAGUCCACCGGGGGGCGCCACUGAGGACAAAGAGAAGGAGAUAGCGGAGAAGAACAUUGACGGCCUACUAUGAGCCAAUUAAUACUCUUAUCUAUCCAUAGAAAUGAAAUAACUAGAACGGACGUUCCCAUUGAAAUUAUAUAUAUAUAUAUAUAUAUAUAUAUAUAUAUAUAUAUAUAUAUAUAUAUAUAUACACAUGUGAUCUGAGAGGCUUGGUUCUUUCCAGUCAUUCUAUUUCUAUGGCCCCAUUAACUAUCUGGAAGACUUACUGUAAGUGUGUGGUCCAUUUGUCACGUCAGUGGUAGGUCACAUAUACUGUUGAUAGUACUGUAUUUUUGAUUUUGUAUAAAAGUAUUGUAUUUCUGUCAUUUGAAAGACGACAAUGUGUUUAAAAUAUAUAUAUAUAUUGAGCUUUGACUUUUUCCCAGAUGUUUUUAGUUUUUCGGUUGUUUCCUUUCGCUUCGCUUUUUUUAUGUCGUACUGCGCAAUUCUCCCUCAGUGUGUGUCGGCACUAUGUGGAAUGUAUUUUCUACAUUUAAAUGCACAAAACAUUUCUCUUUAUGUACAACAGUGUGUAAAACCUGAACGUAUGCAUCAGAUAACGUGUACAUUUAUGUCAUGUGUGUAUAUCCCUGAAAUUAAUAUAAUGUCAGAGGUAGAUGGAUUCAGUGUAAAUACUAUUUUAUCUGUAGUGAAAUCAAGUGACUCUCACUGGCACAGCUUUUGAAGGAAAUGGGUAGAAAUGGGUCCACACACUGUGCAUUAGGCUUAAGUUUGUCUCUAUUGAUGAGGCAGAAUGCAUGACAUAAACUAUUCCACAUGUUCACAGAUCUAGGGAGCCUGGUUGCAAAUCUGUUUGUGCUGUAUAUGACACUGGCUAUUCAGUUGGCUAUACAGGCCAGAGAGAUCUGGGACCAGGUUAUCUAUGAUUUAAGACCUCUGGUCUUUUAAUUUAGGCCCAGGAGCUUCAUAUGAAUUCAAAGUAUUGCAUUAUGUGUAAUGAGUUUGGUUUUGUUGGUUUGCUAUUCGAUAGCUAGACAUUUUUGCACCUUUUUCUCCAAAAUAACACUUUUUUUUUAUUGAUUGUUCUAUAACCUUAUUUUAAUUUGGAGUAGAAAGGGGGUUAUUUAUUUAGGUGUCAGCCAAAGCUUUUCUGUACGUUUGCGCCACCUGAUAAUGAAGUCUAGUCGGUGACUUAAAAAAAAGAGAGGAUAUCACACGCCUCAGGAGCCACAGGAGCAAUACAAUACAAUUCAACCAGCAGCCAUGUGCUCUUUACAGACAUGUUUCCCACCUGUGCUAAGUCAAAUUUUAGGGCAAAACAUAAAACCCUUCGAAACAUUGAUUUAUCACUUCAUGGAUACAGCCGUGUCAAUGGUGUUACUAUUAUGAUUUGUGACACGUUUUAUUUAUUUGUCAGAUGUAUUUUUUUACAUUGAUUUUAUCAUCAGUUAUAGACAGUGCAUUACACUUUGAUGAAUGUUUUUGGUUCAGAACAACUCCACAGAGGUGGACUUUAAAUCUCGCCAUACUCACCCAAAUGCCUCGUUUGGGUAGAGAUAAAAUAGUUAUCCUUAUGGGCCUAUAUGAAAGCAGAACACUAAGACGAUCCUACAUACAGCUAAUGGAGCACUUUUUAUGCAGAGAUACGCAUAUUGAUUGUUUAACUGUUUAGAGUGUAAAAGUGUUAAAUAGACGUAAGGGUAUACUUAAAGUCAGGUUAGUUUGGUGAGAACUAGUCUGUGUGUAUUUGUUUGUGUCAUUGACUAUGCGAGGGACAGCCACGACAAAUCUGGUAAUGACAGAGGACAUUGCCAUCAAAAUCCCUACUCAAUUGUGCUGAAAGUACUAAGGCAACCUGUGAUUUGAUGAAUGGAUAUAUGUUUAUUGACUAACUCAUCUCAAGUGUUCAGUGUUGCAUUCAUUGGAUUUGACUUGACUUGGUCUUCCCAGUCCCUGUUGCACAGGAAGCCUCGUACGUAUGAGUGUUUAUUGUUCACCUGUGUAGGUGCAGGUCAUCUUCAACAUUAGCUAAUUAUUUUCAAUGUACCACAGGUGUACACUGAUGGCAUCAGUUUGUUUGUUUUCAUUCAAGUAUAUCCGCUUCAGCUGAGUGUUGCAGGCAAAGGAGAAAUAUUUAUUUCAAUUAUCAAACAAUGAAUAAAUAAAUAACUUUAAAUAUG